UGUUUUUGGGGGGGGGGGAAUUUGCACAAACUGAGCCCCUGUGACCCAAAAUGCUUUACCUCUGUCCCCCUUUACCUGUAGUUUCUAGUAUUACAGAGUCGUAUUGCAGGCGGCAGAAGAUGAAUGUAUUGUUGGAACUUGGCGCUGAUUUGAAUAAUGAUUUUCAUAGUCAUCGUAGCAGAGCAGGUCAGGACAGUUCAUGUUAAGACCGCAGUGGCUCAUUUCUGUCACAAAUCUCUAAAGGUGUGCUCGCUGUGUCUGGCCUUUUCAAGCCAGUUCUCAUCUGGUUCUGACUCCGACACAUUCGCAGAAGUGUAUCCAUGCGUAACUGGUGCGCCACGGCGACACUGCCAGUGUUUACACAUAAAUAAUGCAGGCCUAGAAGUGAGCAGGUCAGCAGACCUCACAGAAGAUAAGACCUCCUAAUUUCUGAUGGCAGAAAACUGAAAAACGCCUCUGCUUCUGCUUUCGGUUCUUUCCCAGGGGUGUUUGUUUUGUUUGUUUCCAAAAUAAUUCGGAGAUCAUUGAUCCUAAAUGCUAAACACUGUGUAGUUUGCAUAAUAUUCUUAUCAUCGAAGUGAAAUCAGGUGUUGGAGCUUGUUGAUGUGUCUUUAGCCUUUAGCUGAAUGAAGAGAUGCAGGACUGUUAGUGAAUGCUUGGUGCGCGACGUUUCAGUGAAGAUUGCGCAAAGGCUGCAGCUGAUUAUUUUGUCAGAUAUUAUUUCACGUUCACUGCACGAUUUCAUAUUCGCAUCUGGUUAUAAUAACUAACAUGAAGUGCAUCCCGGGGUUGUGGUGCACCAGAGCGAUGCCCGCACUGUCUCUGCUUGUUUUUCCAUCCUGUGCAGCAGAGCAGCGCUGCUGCUGCUCACUGCGUCAGAGGCGGCACUGCGGCGCGGUGUCGGCUGCAUCAUGGUGGGACAGAUGCGCGAAGGAUGCGACACGAACUAAAGAAAGUUUAAAGAUGCUGCGCGAAACAGUCGACUUCCCGUGGCUGAAAUAGAGCUGCGAGCCCAACACAUCGACUCCCUCCUCCUUGUGAUGCAAAGACUGUUUAUCUUUGGUGCUGCGUAAACACGCGCGGGCCUGUGCGUUCUGUGAGUCCUCGGUCACUCCACCUGCAUGAUCUGUGAGCCAGGUGAGUGUGAGCACGAGUAGUGGGUGUGGUGUCAUUCUCGCAGUCUGCAUGUGCACUGCUUAUAGCCCGGUGGCAAACUGGUGAGGCAGCUUUUCGUUUACCCAAAGCAGCGGAGCAGCAGCAGCAGCCGGACGCGGGCUGGAGCUCGUCCUGAAAUAAUAUCCAUCAUUAGUAGAUAUUCCGGGGAUCUCAAAUCGGCUGCUGAGGAUGAACUUCAAGAACCUGAGGGAGUACCUGGCCUGGCUGUACUACCAGUACCUGCUCAUCACUGGCAUCUACGUCCUGGAGCCUUGGGAAAAAUCCAUCUUCAACUCCAUCCUCUUCUCUGCCAUCGCCAUGGUGAUCUACACCUCAUACGUCUUCGUUCCCAUCCACGUUCGCCUGGCGCUGGAGUUCUUCUCCGGGAUCUUCGGCGGCCAGCCUGAGAGCACCAUGGCACUGAUGAACUAAACGAAGAAAACAUGAAGGAAAAGAGACCAAAAAAAAAAAACGGGUGGAUUAGCAUGAAUCUGUACAUCAUUUCCUGUAAAUCAACUCCUUCACUUGUGGAGCUCCCUCUUCACACCACGUCCGUCCCAGCAGUCAGUCACCUCACCUACUCAAGACUGAAAACUUGAAGAUCUUAACGGAGUGAUCUGGAAAUCAGAGCCUUACUAUCUUCUUUACAUCCCAAACCCUCUGGCCUUACCCCACGGUAUUAGACACACAACUCUACAUUACUUUCACACCCUCCCUGUGAAAUGUCUUGUGAAAUGUUGUUUGUCCUUUUUUUGUUUUUGUAUCGUUUUUCUCGCCACAUGUCCUGUGUGAAUGCUUAACACCUCCGGGUUUUGCAUGAUAUGGUCAUAGCUGGUUGGUAGAUUUGCAUGCUUGUCUCAUUACAAAAUACUGCUCGACUCGUUUCUUUCCAUCACGACUCUAAGGCUACAGUCUUCAGAGGAGGUUUAGUUUGUCUCGUUGAUAAGAGUUUUCAAAAUGGAAUGGUUGUAAUGAAAGCAGUCAAACGUCUCUAUAUGGUGCACCUUUGCCAUUUUGUAGCAUCUGAAUUCUGAAUUUGAAAUUCAUGCACUAUGUAUUGUCCUCAAAAGGUUUGAAAAUUGAAUGGAAAUUUUUUUUUAUAGACAUAAAAAAAAACCUGCUGUGUAAUGGUCAGCGAUAAAGCAAAGUAAAGAUAACUGACAAGUGAUUUUACAUAGAGUCAUUUUCCAUUUUAAUAAGCUCAGUCAGACACUCUGUGACAUGUAAAGUGAACUUGAUGUGUAAAAUCAAUGGAGUGUCCCUUUAAAUGUGCGUGCACCAAGUUAUCACUCAUUGUGAGUUGCUCUCUGAUAACAGGGAAGUUGGUGCACAUCCCAACAUUUCUGACAUGCAAUUAAUGAUACCGGUUGUUCUACUGUUUCAUAUCAGAACCACUAUCACCUUUUUCAUUGCCUUUAUGCACCAUCAUGCUUACUGGCAGAGUAUGUUGCACAUUUCACAUAGAUCUUGUGUAGCUGGUCUUUAAACAGAGAACUGAUGGAAACCCGAGCUAUGCAAUGAAUCUUAAAAUGUCACAAUCUGGGCUCUGUUACACAGUUUGCCCCAAGCCCACAUUUAUUGAUUUACUGGUCAAAGUGUGUAAUAAAGGAAAAUAACGGCGGAGUCCAUGCCGAGCCUUCUUUUUAUCUCCAAUUUUUUUACCUGUUGGCAUGUCAGGAAGGUGUGCUCUGCACUGAGCACGAGCAAAUAUUGAUCCAACACACCUGUAUGUUUUAGGCUUGGCUUUGUUACUGACGUAGCUUUACUUAACAAUCCCUGAAGUCAAAGGAGAACUGUUUGCUGUCACAUGCAAAGAUAGUGCAGGCAAAUUGGCCUCAAUGAAAAGCAAAGCCUGACUAAGAACAGUCUAUAGUUAAUCUACAGAUCUGAAGAGUGAGUCACAGCGUAUCUGGUAGUUGCUUAAGAUCAUUUUUAAUUAUUUGUGCUUUGGGUCAAGGGCUCGCCGAUUCUAGUUUAAACAUAAUCUCUACGUUGUCUUUAUUUAUAUGAAUUAUAUAUUUAUAAACACUGGUAAAUGCUUGGCUGGUUACAAUGUCAAUUACCAAACUUCUUUUUUUAUUGAUUAUUUAUACCUGUGUUCUCUUGUGGCCAUAAGUAACACAUAAUUUGUUCUUUUCUUCUUCCACCUUAAAGUGCUUUUAUAUCGUUCCCAGGUUGUUUCGUUUAAUUUCACUUUUGAUACACUUUUGCAGAUAUCUCCAGCCUACCGAAGCUUUAUGUCACCAUUUACCAAAUGAAUGUUUUAUUUAUACAUGAGGGCAGCACAUCACUGCAAUAAUCAGAGAAUAAAGGCAUCUGAAGCUGCUUGGACAA